AUGGCCCUGUCGGGCCCCACAGAUACGAGCUCUGUUCUGGCGACACCAUCUAUAAGCUCAGAUUUGGAUAAACCUCCUCCGGUGACCACUGUCUCGAGCCAGCCUACGCCUGAGACGGUCCAGUCACCUCCUCCCAUUCAGGCGCCAUCUACCAGCUCAAAUUUGGAUAACCUACCUCCGGUGCCCACUGUCUCUAGCCAGCCUACGCCCGAGCCAGUCAAGUCGCCUCCUCCCAUUCAGACGCCAUCUACCAGCUCAAAUUUGGAUAACCUACCUCCGGUGCCCACUGUCUCUAGCCAGCCUACGCCUGAGCCAAUCCAGUCACCUCCUCCCAUUCAGACGCCUUCACCUUCGCCUAUUCAAUCAAUCCCGCCCGCGCAAGCACCUCCUCUGCCGUCGAGUUCUUCCGAGCCUCUGAGCUCAAGCAGCUUGACUGAUACUGCGCAUCCCAGUAGCGUUGGCCCUCCCACUCCCACCAGCCCAUCAGAUGCUCCCACAUUAAAGACUUGCCCAGGUCCCACCCAGAAGACAUCGGAUGUCUAUUGGCUGCAGGCACAGAAUCACAAUGGUGCGGGCGCUGGAUACGCACCAUUCACAAACGAUCCCAACCUGUAUCCUGUGUUCCGCAAUGCCAUGGAUUACUUCGUUGUCAACGACGGCACAGGCGAUCAAACGGCUAGAUUACAGCACGCGAUUGAUGACGACGGCAAUGGAGGCAGUCGCAAAGGACGCGGUGUGACUCGCAAUCCAGCCCAAGUCUUUCUUCCCGGUGGCACCUAUCAACUUGGUAGCACCCUCACUCUUACUGUUGGUACCAUCAUUGUUGGCGAUCCGAGCAACCCCCCGAUUAUCAAGGCUGCACCUAAUUUCCAAGGCGAGUUCCUCAUCAUGGGGUAUGACAAGAUGAACGGCAACCCGGAGACUAGCUUCAUGAUGUUGAUCAAAAAUAUCAUCCUGGACACCACUGCUGUGUCACCAAGCCAGUCAAUUACGGCAUUGCAAUGGGGUGUGGCGCAGGGCGCUGGAUUAACCAACAUUCAAGUGCGCAUGCCCACAGGGUCCAGUCAGCACACGGGUAUCAAUAUUGUGGCCGGCUCGACGAUCGCUGUCACCGAUGUGACUAUCAUUGGUGGAGCAACCGGCAUCAUAAACUCGAAUCAGCAAGUCAACUUCAAGAAUGUCCACUUCCUCUCCUGUCGUACUGCAUUCGAAGCCUCUGGUGGAUGGACGGUACUUUUGCAAGGAGCAAUCUUUGAAUUAUGCGGUACGGGCGUCGACAUGAGGGCCAACGCUCUCGGUAGCCUGGUAAUUCUGGACUCGGUAUCCACAAACUCCGGUCCAUUAAUACGUUUUCAUGACUCCUCGCACGAUUCUGGCUAUCAAAAUAGCCAAUUCCUCAUUCAGAAUCUUGAAUAUAACUCGAAAGAGCCGAUCGCAGUCGAUACCAAUGGCCACACGCGCUUGGAAGCAACAACAUAUGUCGACACCUGGGUUUGGGGUACCAUGGUUCCUGGGGCGUACGCACCAGGAGGGUCAUGGAAUACUCACCGAUCUCCCCAGCUCCUUGUUAACGGGAAAUACUUCACUAAGCCUCAACCAAGUUAUGCUGGAUUUGGUGGCCAGGAUAUCGUCAACGUGAAGACUGUUGCUGGCCAUGUCGUCAAGGGUGAUGGCGUCACCGACGAUACUGUGGCUCUCAAUGCGAUUCUAGCUCAGAAUGCCGCAAACUGCAAGAUCACAUACAUCCCCUUCGGAGCGUACAGGGUCUCAGACACCCUUCUUAUUCCGGUUGGAUCUCGCAUUGUCGGUGAAGCAUGGUCUGUUAUAUCUGGAUACGGUGAUGCCUUCAAGAACCCCAACGCUCCCAGGCCUGUUGUGCGCGUCGGUAAUCCGGGAGAUGUGGGCACCAUUGAGAUCCAGGAUAUACGAUUCUCUGUUGCCGAAGCCCUUCCCGGGGCCAAGGUAGUUGAAAUCAAUGCAGCUGGACAGCAGCCCGGUGAUGUAGGACUGUGGAAUACCUUGGUUAUGGUUGGAGGCACUGCGGAAACUAGUAUCUCCACUACGUGCACAUCGCAGGACUCCAAGGAUUGCAUGGCUGCCUUCAUGGUCAUGCACCUGACCGAGACUUCAUCUGCAUACAUCGAGAACUUCUGGGGAUGGACUGCCGAUCACAACUUGGACAGUAAAUCCCUUUUCACAAUCGUCUCCACUGGCCGCGGCAUUCUUGUCGAGUCCACCAAGGGCACUUGGCUCACUGGGACAGGCUCCGAGCACCAUUGGCUCUAUAAUUACAACUUCCACAAUGCGUCCAACGUUUUCGCAGGCCUACUCCAAAGUGAGUCCCCAUAUAUGCAGGGAUCUGGCGAGUUCGAGAAGGCACCAGCGCCUUGGACCGUCAACCCCACACUAGGUGACCCCGACUUCUCGUGGUGUGGACCAAACGACGACAAAUGCCGAACGGCACUGGCAACCAACAUUGAUGGAGGAUCGAACAUUGCGUUAUACAACUCAGCUGCGUGGGCCUUCUUUGACGGCUAUUGGAACGGUCUCUAUAAUGAGCCGUGCCAAGGCAAAUGUCAAGCUAAUAUGAUGCGGGUAACGGGCGCGCCGCAGAACCUCAUCUGGUACUCGAUUAGCACGCGCAUGACGGAGGUUAUUGUAUUGGAUGGGAAGAACAAUCCCAAAGAAGAUAAUCAUGCUGGUGGAUGGGAAGGUAUCAUUCAGGCUUACGGGGAAUUUGCGUCCUAG